AUGGAAUAUAAACGAUUAAAAAUUGACGAGUGUCGCGACGGAGUUUUCAACAUUCGUCGAAAAGUAUUUAUCGAAGAGCAAAACUGUCCGGAGAGCAUGGAAUGGGAUGAGAAUGAAGAACAGAGUUCUAUUUACUUUGUAGCGUUCAAAGGAGAUCUCGCUGUCGGAUGUGUUCGCCUUCGAAAUAUCGAAAAAGAUUUGCUCAAACUGGAAAGAGUUGCUGUUCUGAAAGAAUUCCGAAGACGACGAAUCGCGUCCGAUCUCAUCCGAGAGGCGUUGAUCUAUGCACAAAGUGAAAGUCCGAAUUCUCCAGUUUAUGCCUAUGCUCAAGUAUCAGCUCUGCAAGCAUAUGUUAAUUUAGGAUUCACGGUACUCUCAAAAGUAUGGAUAGAAGAUGGAACAUUUAUUCCACAUCAAACAAUCUUCUGGGGAACUCCGAUUUCAAUUGAUACUUUCCUCAAGAACCAAUCGGAAAAGGCUGAUCCAUCCUAUGAAGAUUACGACGCUCGUAGUCCAGCAAUGCUACCAAAAAUUGAAGCGUUCAAGCAGAGAUUAGAGGAUCUAGAUACAUGGAACUUCGGAAUUUUGCAAAUUCAUCUCGAUGACCAAGUCGUUUCAAAACUAAUCAGAAAUUUAUUCUCACGUUUUAGUACGAAUGUCGAUCACUUUUUAAAUGGAAACACAGAAUUCUCAAAAGAAAUAGUCGACCAGUCUGAGUUUCUACUAAAAUUGGCAGAUACAAAACUGAACACAGGACAUUUCAAUGAAGUUGAUGAGAAUUGGAGAAAAUUGUAUUCUUUGAUAUGUUUCUGUCAGAGUUUCAUGAUGUUUAAACAGAACAAGUAUGAGAUUGCGAUCAAAAUUGCCGAUAAAGGGCUGUGUAUGGGUAGAAUAGACGAAGAUCUUGUUCCAAUUCGACAACUAGCAUGGUUAAUUCAUGAAAAUUUACCUGGUGUGUCAUCUGAUGAUUGGAUUCAUUCGAGUUUUCAGUUCAAUACAACUAAUACAUAUCCUGCCUUAAUUCCACUUUCAAAUUCCAAAUCUAUCGAUGAAUGUGAUGAAGAUGAUGAAAAUAGUUUUGAAAAAUUAAUUUCUGCCGUUCAAAAUAAUACACCACUGAUUGUUCGGAGACAUUCUUCCAAUAUGCCUGCCAUCGAAAAAUGGUCAUUUCCAUUUUUACUUCAAGAACUUCACAGUCGAACAUUUCCUGUGGAAAUUGGAACCAAAUAUUCAGAUGAAAAUUGGUCACAAAAGUUGAUGACGUUCAAGGAAUUUAUUAGAAACUCUGAAAAUGAACGGCUCUAUCUUGCACAACAUCGCCUUUUCGAUCAGGUUCCACACUUGAAACGUGACGUCAUAAUUCCAGAUGUUUGCUUCGGGGAAUCAAGUAAUCCUGAAAAUGUUGACAUGAAUAUGUGGAUUGGGCCACAGGAUACUGUAUCUCCACUCCAUACAGAUCCUAGAAAGAAUAUGUUUGUACAAGUUCAUGGUACAAAACUAUUUCGGAUGGUGGCUCCUGAAAGUUCAGAAUCAGUGUAUCCAUUUGAUGGAAUACUUUCAAAUACCAGUCAAGUCGAUGUCGAGAAUCCCGAUCUCAAAAUAUUCCCAAACUUUGAACAAGUGGAAGUCCUCGACGCCGUCAUAAAUCCUGGAGAUGCUAUAUUUAUUCCUGAAAAAUGGUGGCAUUUCGUACGCUCAACGUCUCCAUCUAUUUCAAUAUCAUUUUGGUUUGAUUAGCCAUAUGUUUCCAGACGACAAAGUUUACAAAAAUAAACUAUUUGGUCUUUAAUUUGUUUAAU